UAUGCCUACUAGUAUAUUGUCUUUUUCAUACACGUGCUUGUGAAUGUGUGUAACUAACUAACUUAUUGGUUCGUUGAAAAUAUGUGUGACUGAUUUGUAUAGGGAGUUCACGUUAUGUACCUAUCUUGCUUGGUAGAUUGCGAGCCAACUGGUUCUCCAUACACACACUGCCCAAUAACUUCCGCCUGAACCGCCACUGCAGAGAAAGCUGUUGAUCUAAUGUUAUGAUCACCGGCAUGGAAUUAAAAGUCAGUGUACGUUAAGGAUCUUCCCAACAAGAUAAUCCCUCCUGACGAGGCGCACAAUGGGCUAAGCACCCACCGCAUCCUCCAGCGUUGAAGCCGCUCCCUCCCCCUGCCGUCUCCCGUUUUUUUUUUAUUUUUAAUUUCCCUUUUAUUUUGUUUUUAUUUUUCUAAAUGGCCGACGACGUUUCCACAGAAGACGGCGGCGUGCUCGGCUCGACCUGCUGGCCCCGGCUCCUCCGGCGCUGAUUAAUCCGGCCCCGGGACGCGGCGCGUUCUGUUCCUCCGCUCGAUUGGGGAAAGGGCUCGCGCCCCCCCCCAGGACGGCCCCCGUCGCCGGCGUUGCCGCUGCAGCUGGGGCUGGCGUUGCUGCUGCUCAGCAUCGCGCCGUCUCCUCCCCGCUCACUGCCGCCAACGCUGCGCGCCGGCCCCGCUUGUUCCAACAGCCGCGCCAGAGCUGUCGUCCGGGCCCUUCCUCCCUCCCUUCCUGCCCCCGGCCGGCCUGCGGCCCCGCCCGGCCCGCGCCUCGAGGCCCCGGGCCCCCGGCGAGCCGGGGAGGCGCCCCCCCUGCGGAGGCAUGGAGGUGGGCAUGCGCGUGGUGCGCGGCCUGGACUGGAAGUGGGGCAGCCAGGACGACGGGGAGGGCCACGUGGGCACGGUGGUGGAGAUCGGCCGGCUGGGCAGCACCACCACGCCCGACCGCACCGUGGUGGUCCAGUGGGACAGCGGCACCCGCACCAACUACCGCACCGGAUACCAGGGCUCCUUCGACCUGCUGCUGUACGACAACGCCCAGAUCGGGGUUCGUCACUCCAACAUCAUCUGUGACAGCUGCGACAAGCACGGCAUCAUGGGAAUGCGCUGGAAGUGCAAGGUGUGCUUCGACUACGACCUGUGCACGCAGUGCUACAUGAACAACAAGCACGACCUCGCGCACGCCUUCGAGCGCUACGAAACGGCGCACUCCCAACCAGUGAUCUUGGUGCCAAGGCAGAACCUGUCCCGGAUCAUCCUGAAGGGCAUCUUCCAGGGCGUGAAAGUGGUUCGAGGACCUGAUUGGGAUUGGGGCAACCAGGACGCAGGAGGAGAGGGGAAGAUUGGGAAGGUGGUGGACAUCCGGGGCUGGGACACUGAGUCGGGCCGAAGCGUGGCCAGUGUGACCUGGGCCAACGGUACCACCAACGUCUACAGGAUGGGCCACAAGGGCAAGGUGGACCUCAAAUACGUCUCUGACGUAGCCGGGGGAUAUUACUACAAGGAGCACCUCCCCAGGCUAGGGGAACACGCAGAGCUGCAGAGACAGGAGAGUGCAGAUGGACACACCUUCCAGCAGGGGGACAAAGUGAAGUGUCUGCUGGAGGUGGACAUCCUCAGGCAGAUGCAGGAGGGCCACGGAGGCUGGAACCCUAAAAUGGCGGAGUACAUCAGCAGAAUCGGGACCGUGCACCGGAUCACAGACCGGGGGGAUGUCCGGGUCCAGUACAGCAAUAACAUCCGCUGGACCUUCCACCCGGGAGCGCUGACCAAGGUGAACACGUUUGGGGUGGGGGACCUGGUGCGUGUGCUGGAGGACAUGGAGAGCGUGAAGAGGCUACAAGCCAGCCACGGCGAGUGGACCGACAGCAUGGCGCCCGCCCUGGGACAGGUGGGGAAGGUGCUGAAGGUGUACGCUGACGGGGACCUCCGCGUGGCCUUCGGGGGCCAGACCUGGACCUUUAACCCCGCCUGCCUGACGGCCCAGGCGGUGGAGGUGGACGCCAACCUGCUGACGGCAGAGAGCCCGCGGGAAUCAGGAAGUAAGGGCUCAGAGGAUGGUCCCGCGCACGGAGCGACACGUCCCAGCGCUCACUGCUCGUCCAGCAAGCCACCCUGCACUGUGAUCUCGGUCCUGGAGAAGCUGUUGGCCCAGUCCACGGAGCCGGACAGCCCCGGCCGGCUGGUGAUCGAGGCCGCGCACGGCAGCGCCGCCAAGGUCCGGGACCUGCUGCAGAAGUAUCCGGAGAAGGUGGACAUACAGAACCAGGGGAAGACGGCUCUGCAGGUGGCUGCCCACCAGGGGCACAUGGAGGUGGUGAAGGUGCUGCUCCAGGCCAACAGCAGCAUCGAGGUGAAGGAUGAAGACGGAGACACCGCCCUGCACUACACCGCGUUUGGAAACCAGCCGGAGAUCGCCCGUCUGCUGCUGAGUAAAGGGGUGAAUGUCAACCUGCUGAAUAACUCCAUGUGCACCGCGCUGCACAUCGCCGUCAACAAGGGCUUCACCGAGGUGGUGCGGGCGCUGACCGAGCACGCCGCCGACGUCAACCUGCAGGACUCCUACGGAGACACGCCCCUUCACGACGCCAUCGCCAAAGACUUCCGCAGCAUCAUCGAGAUCCUGACGGUGGUGCCCAACAUCGACUUCACCCAGCAGAACAACCGCGGCUUCAACCUCCUGCACCACGCCGCUCUGAAGGGGAACAAGCUGGCGAUGGAGCAGAUCCUGGCUCGCGCGAGGCAGCUGGUCGAUGUGAAGAAGGACGACGGAUUCUCCGCGCUGCACCUGGCCUCGCUCAACAACCACCGAGACGUGGCCCAGAUCCUCAUCAAAGAGGGUCGCUGUGACGUAAACAUCCGGAACAACCGCAACCAGACGCCGCUGCAGCUGGCGGUAACGCAGGGCCACGGCGAGCUGGUGCAGCUGCUGGUGUCGGAGGGCGCCAACGUGAACGUGGAGGAUGAGGAUGGAGACACCGCCAUGCACGUGGCGCUCAGCCGCCAGCAGCUCACCGCCACCAUGGCGACCACCGAGGGCGAGGGCUCCUCCCUGUACACGCGGCUAAAUAGCUCGGGGUUGCUGGGGAACACGGAGCUGAACGUGGGCGCUGCCAUCGCCUGCUUCCUGGCGCAGGAGGGGGCGGACAUCAACUACGCCAAUCACAAGGGCAAGAGCCCGCUGGACCUGGUGACGGACAGCACCGUGGGGCAGCUCAUCAAGAACUUCUCCGAGAAGCACCGGCUGCAGCAGCUGCAGGCCAUCACCUCCGGCACAGGGGGCAGCAGUGCCAGUCUGCGCCGGGUCCACACCACGCCCAACACCAUGACCAACCUGGUGGUGCCCACCCUGCCGGGGCCCAGCGAAUGCCUCAUCUGCUCCGAGCUCGCCCUGCUCAUCCUGUUCGCCCCCUGCCAGCACAGCGUGGCCUGCGAAGAGUGUGCUCAUCGAAUGAAGAAAUGCAUCAAAUGCCAGGUCACCAUUACCAAGAAAAUCAGACAAGACCAAUCAGAGGUGGACUUCAGCCCCAGCUCGGAGAACUCGGAGCAGCACAACCUGCUGGAGCAGCUGCAGUCGCGCUACCGGCAGAUGGAGGAGCGGAUCACCUGCCCCAUCUGCAUCGACAACCACAUCAAGCUGGUCUUCCAGUGCGGCCACGCCUCCUGCAUCGACUGCAGCGCCGCCCUCAAGACCUGCCCCAUCUGCAGGCAGACCAUCCGCGAGCGCAUCCAGCUGUUCGUCUGACCCCCGCCCAGCCAGCUCCGCCCCGCCCCGCCCCGCCCCUCCGCCCGCCUUCGUCCAAUCCGUGCGUCUGCUCGUCCAGCCCCUCUGACCCGGACUGCUGGCCCCGCCCGACCCCGUCCCCUCCCCCUGUCCCUCCCCCUGGGUGCUCAUCAGGCCUGCGGACACCCACUCCACCCAUCGCUGCAUGCGGGACGCGGCUCCGUUGCCGCGGGACACAGGGCGGGGGCGAUUUGUGGGUUUGACGGUGACAGUGACCUCACAGCUCGGUACAGGCGUGGGAGAGGUCCCGCCCCACAGGAAGUGCAUCAGAGGAGUCCACUCCCAACCCGCCCCUCUGCCAAUGGGAGAGGGGUGGGCGGAGCCUAGUUCGUCUGUUACGUCAUCAUCCUGAGCCGCUCUGACUUUAAAGCGGCUCCUCCCCCAACAGGCUCGCCAGCACCAGAAGGGGCAGAAUAAACGACCCCUUCUUCUUCAUCUUCAUCUUCAUCUUCUUCUUCUCCUUCUGCCGUCAUUUUGUUUACAGACAUGCAGAGAAAUGAUUUUAUCUUCAUCCCUCUCUCUUUUGUCUGUCGCUUUCAUUGCUUAGUCCCUCCUUUCAUUCUUCGUGCUUUCCGUAUUGUGCGUUGCCCUUGUCUGAUGCGGUGUUCACCCUCCCGUGUCCCUCUCCGGUCCUGCUCCUGGUGGAAUGCUAAGCUGCUUGAUUAGAGUAGCCUCACGCAACGGGCUACGGCAGAGUCACGCCUCACACCGUAGCUGAAUGUCCACAAGAUUGACCUUUUAUAGAGAUAUGUGUGUAUUUAUGUAUGUACGUGUACAUAUGCAUAUAUAAAUAUGCAUUCUCACAAGUAUACAUCCAUCCAUACAUGCAUACGCACAUGUAUGUUCUGUAUAUUGUAAGAUAAUGGGUGUUUAUUAUUUGUGUUUUAAGUAGCAGUUAAUGAGUAAAUGUUUUAUUUCUGUCUGAUGUUUAAUUUUUACUAUUUAUCAAAAUCCUUGAUUUGGAUAUCUCAACAAAACCCAUUCUGCUUGAGGCACUCAAACCCGUUCUAUCUCCUCUACUCAGGGUCCUGCAUCGAACACCACCAAAACCCAAAACAAGUCCAGCCCCCCCCCUUUAUUUAACGCUUGGAUCUGAAGAGGUGUUUUGUACAGUCGCGAUGACUUCAGUUUCAAACGAAAGGGCGUUCUCGUUAAUUUCGUCCAUAAUCUGGAACACACCUCAGGUGCAGCACUGGCUGAAACGUUAGCGACGUUCUCGCACCGUAAGAGAGGUUCGCCAUGUUCUUACACUGUCAGAGAAGUGGAUGUGCUCACUGAUGGAAACGUAGCAGCAGUUUUCCGAUCACAUAGGUCAGUCCCUAGACGUGACAUCAUCUCCUCUUCUACCGCACAACACCUCAUUCCCCUCCUCAGAACACCGUAGGCCCACACCGUCGCCCGACAACACAACCCUGGGUUGCCAGGUCAACCCGCUGAGUGACAAGCGCGGCUGAGCCAGGAGUACUCGUGUAACUAGUAUCUCCACGUUUUUUUGAGCCAAUCAGCAUGCAGCAACAGCAGCAGCUUUGUAUGAUUUAACCAGAGUAACGGAAGAAACGCAUACAGCACGUUCAACUGUAUGAACACGCAUCGUACCAAAGCUGAACACGUGGUGAAGGAGACUGUGCCCUGGCUUUCUCAGCGGAAGAAGUCCCAAUAGGCAAGCAUUUGGCAGCCUUUGAGCGCAGAUUUUUUCUAAUAUUUGCUAUACUGCAAUUUUGAAUCUGAAGGGCAAAAUAUGUGUUGUGUGUGUGCAUCUGUCCAGAAUUGCUUAACGGUCUCGUAAGUAUUCGGAGACUGACAAUGUCUUGUUCCCACUGUCGAUACCAUCGCUUUGAUCUGUGCGUCAUUCACAUCCACCUAUUUUACGCUGAUUCAUGCUCUUAAAUGUUUUGUUUCAGAAGGGCUUACGCAUUUAAAUAUAUAUAAAUAUAUGAAUAUAUUUUCAUCUUAAUUUUAAUUUUGUAUUGUGGACUUACUGCGACAGGGGUUUUGUAGCUCCCUGUUCAGGAAAGCCGACAUUAAAGAUGUACAUUUGAAUGUGAGAAAUGUAAUCAUUGUACUCUUUUAUGAAUUGCCUUUUAUGAAUUGUUUGUGGAGUGUGGUGGAAAAUGGAAGGGUUUUUCUGAGUAGUACUACUGCACCAGUGCCAAAUCUUCCCAGGAGCAAGCUAACGGCUCCACACCUGCGCUAGGUACAGUGUGAGCUUUAUUUAGUUACUGUAUGUCAAUUUAUCAUUUUCUCUCCUUAAAUAUUCAGUGUCUGAAGGCCAGGGAAUCUAAUAGUCUACUCUAAAUAUUAGACUGUUUUGGUUUGUAAUUUUAAAAAUUUCAAAAACUAAAAAAAACAAAACAAAACGAAAAAAAGCCAGAAAUUGAAAAUAUAUUUGUCCUUGUUAUGGCACCAGUAUUUAUUCGGUAGAAAAGCGAAUGUCUUUGUUGUAUCAGCACAAUGGCUGAGUGCAUUAGUUUGCUACGGGCUGAAGUUUUUACGUUGUCCGAAGUGAGCAGUGUUCCAAAAUGUCAGAAGUCCAUUGAUGAAGGAUUGUACAUGGCUUACUCAAAACUAGAUCACUUCUUUUUCAAUGCAAUAUUUUAUAUUGCAUAAAUGAAUUGGAUAAUUUAUGAAGAUUCUCUUGUAAACUUGCUUUCAAGGAAGUGCUAAUUAAUUUGUAACACUGCUAAUCUUUAGUGGCCGUCGUAGGGGGAUAAUUUGCCAUAAUUGGAGUGUUACCAUAUUGCUCAACUCGGAAAAUGUCAUUUAAAUUGCUAUAUUUGCAACUAUUAAAUUGCAUCUCACCGUAUUUUAUUUUGAGCCAAACUUUUUAAAAUUAUUUUUAAAACAGUGAUUGAGCAGAAAAAGGUUUCGUGCUGGAUUUUAAGUUUAAACAAAUAGAUAUUCAAGGCAACUUAUCUGGUGUCCAAAGGAGUAUAGUAUAUUCCUGUUUGUGGUCAGUGUACAGGUUACGGCAAGGGUGCAGAGGGUCAAGGAUUUUAGAAAUGUGCAAGUUUGCUAUAAAAAGUAUUUAAACAACAGUUACUGUCUCUGUGUGUACAGCACUUCCAGUUCUACUGUUGGCCUUAUUGUGCAUUCCCCCUAUGUUGUUGUUGUUGUUGUUUUUUUCAGUUGUAUUCUGUAAAGGAUAUUUUGCAAUAAAUAUGGAACUGUUUUAUAAUA